AUGGAGAUCGCGCUGGUGACUUUGGAGAACGGAGGCGCCACGGCCAUCGGGGGAGGGGGCGAGGAUGCUGGAGGCGGCCGGGCGCGGCGGCGGGGGGACCUGCUCCACAUCCCCAACUCCGCCGCCGCCCCUGCUUGGCUGAACGACUGCAGCGGCGCCCCGGAGCAGGAGCAGCCCCGGGCGGGCAGCGGCGGCUGCAGAAGCAGGAGCGACAGCACCGGCAGCACCAGCCGGAGGGUGCCCGCUCCCCGGGGUGCCUCGCCGCCGCCUACUCCUCCCCAGCCGCCGCGCCCCUACCCGGGAGGGGGCGAGGAGGAGGCGAUGGUACUGCCGGAGGAAGGCGGGCACCGCUUGGGCAUGGCCAUGGCCGCGGCGGCCGAGGAGGAGGAGGAGAACCAGCGCGCCCUGCACCACCAGCGGGUGCUGAUCAACAUCUCCGGGCUGCGCUUCGAGACGCAGCUGGGCACCCUCAACCAGUUCCCGGACACGCUGCUGGGCGACCCGGACAAGCGCAUGCGGUACUUCGACCCGCUGCGCAACGAGUACUUCUUCGAUCGGAACCGGCCCAGCUUCGACGGGAUCCUCUACUUCUACCAGUCCGGGGGCAAGCUGCGCCGGCCGGUCAACGUCUCCAUCGACGUCUUCGCCGACGAGAUCCGCUUCUACCAGCUGGGCGAGGAGGCCAUGGAGCGGUUCCGGGAGGACGAGGGCUUCAUCAAGGAGGAGGAGAAGCCCCUGCCCCGCAACGAGUUCCAGCGCCAGGUGUGGCUCAUCUUCGAGUACCCGGAGAGCUCCAGCUCCGCCCGGGGCAUCGCCAUUGUCUCGGUGUUGGUGAUCCUCAUCUCCAUCAUCACCUUCUGCCUGGAGACCCUGCCCGAGUUCCGGGACGAGAGGGAGCUGCAGGCCCCUCUGCCCCCGCACGGGGCAGCCCUGAACGGCACCGCCGGGGAGGCCCCCCCGAUGCAGCCCCCCAGCAGCCUGUCCGACCCCUUCUUCAUCAUCGAGACCACCUGCGUGAUUUGGUUCACCUUCGAGCUGCUGGUGCGCUUCUUCGCCUGCCCCAGCAAACCCGAGUUCUCCCGGAACAUCAUGAACAUCAUCGACAUCGUGGCCAUCAUCCCUUACUUCAUCACCCUGGGCACCGAGCUGGCUCAGGAGCAACAGGAGCCUGGGACCCCCAGCACCGCCAGCAACAACAACGGGGGCCAGCAGCAAGCCAUGUCCCUGGCCAUCCUCAGGGUCAUCCGCCUGGUCAGGGUCUUCAGGAUCUUCAAGCUCUCCAGACACUCCAAGGGGCUGCAGAUCCUGGGGCAGACUUUGAAAGCCAGCAUGCGGGAGCUGGGGCUCCUCAUCUUCUUCCUUUUCAUCGGGGUGAUCCUCUUCUCCAGCGCCGUGUACUUUGCCGAGGCUGACGACCCAGACUCCCAUUUCUCCAGCAUCCCCGACGCUUUCUGGUGGGCAGUGGUGACCAUGACGACGGUGGGCUAUGGGGAUAUGAGGCCUGUCACCGUAGGGGGCAAGAUCGUGGGCUCCUUGUGUGCUAUCGCUGGCGUGCUGACCAUAGCCCUGCCCGUACCUGUCAUCGUGUCCAACUUCAACUACUUCUACCACCGAGGAACUGACAACGAAGAGCAGGCUAUUCUCAAGGAGGAGCCCAGCAGCGCUCAGGGCAGCUCAGCUGGGGGGGAGCUGAAGAGAAGUCACAGUAAAAACUCUCUGAACAAAUCUGUUGUGCACUUGGAAAACAGUGAGGGGAUCAACAAUGGCACUGGGUCCUUAGAGAAAACCAAUAUCAAAGCUAAAAGCAACCUAGAUCUUAGAAAAUCCCUCUAUGCACUCUGUCUGGACACCAAUAGGGAAACAGACCUGUAA